AUGGCCAUGGGGAUGGAGAAGCUUCUGGCACAGGUGGCAGAGGCACCAGACAUGGUGGCCAAGGACGUUAAUGGCGAGGUGGCGGUCAUGUAUCUGCCGGCUCAUGUCGAUGUGCCGGCGCGAAAGGUGGUGGGCUCGGGCGAGCUGGUCUUGGUGGCGGGCGGCGUCGACGCCGGCCCGCUCUCAGCUUCGCUCGCAGAGCUUCCCAUGGCGGUGUACGUGGGCAAUGCGCCGAGCGGAAGCACGCCGUCGCUGAGCGGGAGCUUUGCGGUGGCUGCAGCCGACGGCAGGAGCCACACGGUGGACAUCGGAGCCAUGGCGCCGCUUCCGCUGCGGGCGGCGCGCGGGGUGCUCGGCGAGGUUGUCGCCGCUCGCCGCGACGGCUUUGAUCCGCUGGCGCACGCCACGGUUCUCGUUCUCACAAGUGCAGAGGACCACGGCUACGUCGAGACGGCAGCCUACACAUACCUGGGCCUGGCCCCUGGCGACGGAGCUGGGCAACUGUUCAAGAUCUGGGCCGACGGCACGCUCCGCUCGUCGCAGGUCCUCCUCGUCGAGGCCGAUGACUACCCGGCCGACGCAAGCUACAGCUACUCGGCGGUAUACGACUUUUUCCAGGUCGACGACGCCGGAGAGGCCGAUUGUGAGCCGCCGAGUGUGGCGCUCGAGGUUGCGUGGUCGGGCGCGGAGCACCUUGGCCGUGGCGUGCUCGGCGCGCCGCCGCUCACCGUCGACUGGGCUGUUCUCAAGCUGGUGCCGCGGGUGGGUUCGGAGCUCGCGCCGCUUGCGCCGGCCCUUGCUGCCCUUCGCCAGCUCGUCGCUCUCAACCAGGUCCGCACCGGCGCCGAGUGGCCGGCGGCGCCCAGCGCGCCGGCCAAGGCCGACUACCUCGACGAGUACGCUGGCCACGAGGACGACAUUGCGGCCCACGGCGGGACCAUGGACCCGGCGCUUUUUGGCCCGCCGGCGCCCAAGGACGACUCGGCGCUCGGCUCGGCCUCGCCGGCCCGCCGCACCGACCUCGACUUUACCGAGCGCCUCUGGCUCUUUCUCAAGGAUGCAGCCUCGCUCGACGACCUCACAGCCUGCCUCCGCCACAUCUUUGACAAGCUCCUUGCUGGCGACUUUCAGCCGGUCAUCCACCGGACAAACUCGACCGCGCUCGGCCUCCUCCUCCGCCAGUCGGUCAAGGCCAUGCUGACAAACACCGGCGAGCUGGGCGGCGCUGGCGCGGCGUCGACCGCCGACGAGCUCGCGCAGGCCUUUGACUACUGGCUCGACGAGCCGGUCGAGUGCCUGGUCGAGAUCGGCAUCUACUACCUGCAGCGCAACUACUCGGCGUGGCUCACCUCGCACUCGCUCUGCACCUACACCCAGAUCGAGCCGUACCUCGACCCGACGGCCGAGACCCGCGAAGCGCUCGAGGCCCUGCUCCGCCUCCACGCCCUCCUCGACACCUGCCUGCUCGCCAACGCCGCCGGCGCGCCUUACGACGCGCUUCGCUCGCUAUGCACCCUGGCGCUCUCGCGCUACGCCUCUGCUGACGGCGUCUCGUCGGUCUCGGCCGCCGCCGCCGCUGCUUACGGCCUCAUCGACGACGUCAACGCCUUUGACCUCGACGCCGCCCUCGCCAAGAUCCCCUUCCUCGAGUUCCGCAUCCCGCUCCCGGUCUUCUCACAGGCCACUUCGCGCGCCAUCGACGCCCUCAAGGCUGAGACGCCCGAGUCAUGGACCAUGGUCGUCACAUCCGACGCCACCGCCGCCACCGCUGCCCCCACAGGCGCCCCGGCCGCCCCGGCUGUCCGCGUCACCCAUGUCGCUCGCUCCGAGACAUCCAUGCUCGCCAUGCCGGACGCAUCUACCCUCAAUGCACUCGAGACCCAGGCCAAGGAUGCCGAUCUGGCCGAUGCCGUCUACCUCACGUACUCUGCGACCACCACGCCGGUGUUCUAG